CUUCCUGCCUGAUCUUCUCGGACGAUUGUUGCUCGGGGGCGGGGCCGUGUGCGCUCCACCUGGCCAGCGGAGACAUCGCUGGUUAGUAACCAGAGCAGAACGUGGGAGCGAUGAGGUCGCUGCCGUCGCCUGGGAUAAAUCAGCGCUCGCGUUGUGAUUGUUAGACACGCCGUGCCUUUUCGCACGGCUUACCGAUAGGGAACUUGGGGAAGCGGUUCGCGUGCUGUUUCACGAAGAUCCCUGUUAAUGGCGACCGAUUGCACCCAGGAGUCGGUUUUGCAGUUCUUGCUGGAGAGGGGAGGCAAAGCGAAACACGCGGAGAUCACGGAUCACUUCAAGUCCGUUUUGCCGGGUGAUCCUGCGAAGCGCGCCGCGGCGAGGGAGACCUUUAAAGGAUACGUGGACAAUGUGGCCGUUGUGAGAACAGAAAACGGAGUGAAGUACGUGUGCGUGAAGAAAAAGUACAGGGGAUCGGAGAAGUGCGCCGCGGAGAGGGCGGACGGGGAGUGCAAUGGCAACGGGCUGAGCCCUCCCGAGAGCCCGGCCAACGGCGGCGCGGUUCCCGGGCAGAACUACCCGAAGCGCUCUGGAUCUGGUGUCACCCUGACUGGCUACUUGGCUCUGGAGGACCAGCACGUCAAAAACGAUGCCACCCCAGAAGCAUCCCCGGGGACGGGUCCUGGGGCCAGCAAAGAGAGAGCGCUGACGUCUCCAUCUGUCGCUUCUGCUGAGAUUUUCCCUCCUAAACCUGAGGUUCUGGCGGGAAACCCUGCUCCUGUGGAGCCAGCGGUGAUUAAUUCUCUGGAAAAAAAUUUGCUCGGAAAAGUACGGCGCGGCAACAGCGGUGAGGAGGCGAAGUGGACCGAGCGUGGAUGUGGCUCUCCCGAUGGGUCUGUAACCCCAGUGGCGUCGCCUGCGGAUGUCGGUGACGCGCGACCCAACCUUAACAGACCCGUGCGUCUAAAAGACUGCCCCGAUCGAGGAGUUUUGCGAAGCGAACCUGCUCCCCUGCAUCAGCGGGACGAGCGCACAGGGAGGAUGCUCUGCGGCCGAAAGAUGUCGGGUGAUGCCGAUUCCGCAUCCAGAGUGAACGCGGAGGCGGCCGACCGUGGUCCGUCCAAGGGCGUGUGUCUCGGGCCGCCCGUAAGCAGACGGAGGACCUCUCGGGGGUCACAGCGGAGCCUGCUCUUAAGUAACCUGUCAGAGGAUGGAGCAGGUGAAGGACCCCUGGACUCGGCCAGCGUAUCGGGGAGAGACGGCAGCACACCGAGCGCGGGCCGGAAGAGCUGCCUGGAGCUCACGAUGAACAGCCCGCCCCAGGUGCGUCGCAGCAAGCUGCACAGGAACCCCGGCCACCAUUCGGUCCGAUACAGGGAAAGGGAAUCGAUGCGGAGCGACAGCGACUCUGCCUCCCUGGUGUCCUCCAUCGACGAGGACAGCGGCAUAGUGACGCUGGACCCCCUCGAGCACGAGUGGAUGAUGUGCUCGUCCGAUGGCCGGUGGGAGAUCCUCCAUCGGCUGCUUCUCUGCGAGCCAAAUUUGGUCACGAAGAAGGACUUUGUGACCGGAUUCACCUGCCUGCACUGGGCUGCCAAGCAGGGUAAACAAGAGCUGCUGGCCCUGCUGGUGAACUUUGCGAAGCAGCAUGGCGUGCCGAUCAACGUCAACGCUCGCUCGAGCGCCGGCUACACGCCCUUGCACCUGGCUGCUAUGCACAGUCACAUGGAGGUGGUGAAGCUGUUGGUUGGGGCCUACGAUGCUGACGUGGAUGCCAGGGAUUACAGUGGGAAGAAAGCCUCUCAGUAUCUCUCUGGCUCUGUUUCCGAAGGAAUCCGGGACAUCAUCGGUGCGACGGUCCACCCGGACGACGAAAGCGCAGAAACGGGGCCGGGACGCUGGAGGCUGUCAAAGGUGCUCCACUCCAACUUUAAGCUGCUCAAUCACCCUGAGGAGGAUGCUGUUGAUGGCGGGGGUGCCGUAAAGUAUAAGCCCCUUUACAGGAAAUCCUCCAUGAACAGAAUUAAACCCAGACUGCAAAAAAUCCGAUUUAGGACCCAGAUCGUUCACAGCACUUCAUUCCGAGAGGCAGAGGAAGGGGAGAACCUCCUUACGAGUCCUGUGAAUUCAAGGCCUAAAUCAAACCUUUUUUCCUGAAGCCGAUGUUGAUCUGCACAGUGGUGUAUGACAAGCUCUUGAAGUACUUAAAAUAUCAAACUAAUAAAUGAAGAGUUCUCGUUAAGAUUCUUCAUUGGUCAUGUAGGCCUGAUGUUUCAACUGGAAUGGAUCUUUGCAUUGUAAGUUACAACCGGUACAGUUAUGUCUCAGCUACGUAAGGUUUUGAAGAUAUUUGUGCCCACAUGUGACUGUGUACGGGCCUGAUUGCCUUUGUUUAGUGCAUUUCAUGGGGAAACGCAUCAUAACUCUGUCAGCAUUGGGAGGGAAGUAUGGUAAAGGCUUUACUUAUUAGCACUUACCAGCUAGUGAGUUCACGCGGUAAAUAACACUGUCGUGGGUUACGUAACACUUAAGAACUUAGUGUGAAGCUGUGAUUUUUUGGGGCCUAAUUUUUUUUCCUACAUUACCCGGCUCGGAGAGUUGUACGCAGAUUUGGCGGGUGUGUACGGAAAGCAGUUUGCCUGCUCUAUGUGAUCCCCAGCUCUUUAAAUCUUCUCAAAGAUAUUAAUCACCAGCCUCAUUUCUUGUUGAAGAAUAUGUAUUUCACUUGGUAUAGUGGUACAAAAUACUCCUUAGGAUGUAAGUGUGUUAUUCGUACUUUUUCCUGCUGUUCACUUUACAGAGAUGUUUGUGAUCUUUUCCAUCCUUUAAAAUUCAUGCACU